AUGAUGGCUAUAUUUUAUCAAACCAAGCCUUUCCUUCUUGCCACUUCUAGAGCCGGUGGAACUCACUGUCAAGCCUACUUCUCCGUUGGCACUCGGAAACACAAGCUCUUCGUUCGUCAUUACGAUAUGCAGCACAAUCAUCCCGCUCACAUGGACCCCAUGGUAGAGGUGCCUCCUCCUACUCACUCCCAAACCCUCCCGCCCCUUCCUCCUCCCCUCUCACCGCCACCCUCUUGCACUGUUGAAAAUGACGGUACCGCCACUGCUACAGUGCAGGACUCCACGGCGGACUUUUUGCGCAUUUUCCACAGUCUCUCUUUUGCCUCCUUUGCGGAGUUGCAGGCGAAAAUGGAGGAGUUUCAGCUUGCAACGGGCAAUCGCUAUGUUAAGACAAACACUCGGCGUCUGCCCUUGGGGUCGCCGUAUGCUGAGACGCUUGUAUACAGCCAUUUGGUCUACAUCUGUUAUCGCUAUGGUAACCAAGUCAGUGAAGCAAAACAACGCAGGCUGCAAAGGUGA